AUGUCCAAAUACGGCGUCCUAGUAAUGGGCCCCGCUGGCGCGGGCAAAACCACCUUCUGCAGCUCUAUCAUCCAGCACCUCCAAAACACGCGUCGCAGUUGUUUCUACGUGAACCUCGAUCCCGCGGCAGAGACCUUCAACUACGAGCCGGACCUCGACAUCCGCGAACUCAUCACUCUCGAAGAUGUGAUGGAAGAGCUGGGACUAGGUCCCAAUGGCGGGCUCAUCUACUGCUUCGAGUUCCUCCUCCAGAACCUUGAGUUCCUCUCCGAGGCCCUCGACCCUCUCAGCGAAGAAUACCUCAUCAUCUUCGACAUGCCGGGUCAAAUCGAGCUCUACACACACAUCCCGCUGCUCCCUUCCCUGGUACAGUUCCUAUCCCGCCAGGGCCCGCUGAAUAUCAGUCUCUGCGCGGCAUAUCUCCUCGAGAGCACGUUCGUCGUGGACAAAGCCAAGUUCUUCGCCGGCACGCUGAGCGCUAUGUCGGCCAUGUUGAUGCUGGAAAUGCCGCACGUGAAUAUUCUGAGCAAGAUGGACCAAGUCAAGGACAUGGUUUCGCGCAAGGAAUUGAAGCAGUUCACUAACGUGGAUGUGAAUAACUUGCUGGGCACGGCGGGUGACGAUGAGGAGUCAUCAGUGGUUACUGGAGACCCAUCGUCCAAGGACGCAAUGCUGAGCGGAGGAUCGUUCCAGCAAUUGAACCGCGCGGUCGGGCAGCUCAUCGACGACUUCAGCAUGGUCUCGUUCCUCAAGCUCGACGUGCAGGAUGAAGAUAGUGUUGCCGCGGUGCUGAGUCACAUCGACGAUGCCAUUCAGUACCAUGAGGCUCAGGAGCCCCGCGAGCCUUCCGAUGCCCAAGAGGUCGAUUACGAAGACUGA